GCUAAUCCGCAGGAGGCCACAUAGGCAUACUGCUCUCUCAUCUAGGAAGGACGGCCGGAGAGGCCUAAGGGUCCAUGUAAGGAAGUAGUUUCACUGGGACCUUUGCAUUCACCACAUCCUGGAGGCCGCUGUUCUUUUCCUGAUGUUCCUCCCCUCCUGUUUUAGACUGGGUGGCCAGCCCGGCACAGAGGCAGUCCAAUGGGCUGAGGACAAAAGAGAGCUGCUAUUUUCUCCUCCACCUUCCAUCUGCCAUAAGGAUGGCGGGUGCAAAGGCGAUCACGGGCCCCAGCACCUCCCUCCGCCUGGCACAGCAACGCAGUGAAGACGGCCAUGUCAGAGUGAAUCCUCCCUUCUAUCAGGUGUCCUGCUGUGGGCCCGUUCCCAGUACCUGCUGCUGCCAUACUAGGUGGCCUCAUCUCACAGAGUCCACUUGUAGCCGCCUAUCCUACACAAUCCUCCAUGUAGGGGCCUCAGCAGUCUGCUGCCUGCUGCUGUCAAGAACAGUUGUGGAGAGGGUCUGGGGCAAGGCUAAUGGUAUCCAGAUGCCCUCAGGAUUUUGUGCCCAUCUGUUUGGCCACUCUCACUGCCCAGUGCUCAGUGGCUCUGGGGCUGUGUACCGAAUUUGUGCAGGAACUGCCACCUUCCACCUGCUGCAGGCUGUGAUGCUGGUCCACCUGCACUCGCCUACCAGCCGUCGAGCACAGCUGCAUAAUAGCUUCUGGCUCCUCAAGCUGCUGUUCCUGCUAGGUCUCUGUGCUGUUGCCUUCUGCAUCCCUGAUGAGCAUCUUUUCCCAGCCUGGCAUUACAUUGGCAUCUGUGGAGGCUUCGCAUUCAUCCUGUUGCAGUUGGUGCUUAUCACAGCCUUCGCCCAUUCCUGGAAUAAGAACUGGCAGACAGGUGCAUUCCAAGACUGCCGCUGGUUCCUAGCCAUGCUGCUGGCCACCCUAGGAUUCUACAGCGUGGCAGGCAUGGCGGCAGUGUUCCUGUUCCACCACUACACGCACCCACUUGGCUGCCUGCUCAACAAGAUGCUGCUCAGUCUGCACCUUUGUUUCUGUGGCCUCCUCUCCGUCCUCUCCAUCGCUCCCUGCUUCCGCCUCAAGCAACCCCGCUCUGGACUUCUACAAGCCUCUAUCAUCAGCUGUUAUAUCAUGUACCUGACCUUCUCUGCACUGUCCAGCCGACCUCCAGAGAGUGUAAUUCUUCAAGGACAGAAUCACACACUGUGUCUGCCUGGCCUGAGUAAAAUGGAACCCCAAACACCAGAUACUUCUCUGGCAGUACUGAGUGCUGGCAUCAUGUAUGCUUGUGUGCUUUUUGCUUGCAAUGAGGCUUCCUACCUGGCUGAAGUAUUUGGGCCCUUGUGGAUCAUCAAGGUUUACAACUAUGAGUUCCAGAAGCCCUCACUCUGUUUCUGUUGCCCUGAAACAGUGGAGCCAGAGGAAGGGCAAAGAGGAGCUGCCAGGCCCACUGAUCAAGAGACCUCUCCAGCUCCUCCAGUGAAAGCCCAGCAUCUUUCCUACAGCUAUUCUGCCUUCCACUUCGUCUUCUUCCUUGCAUCACUCUAUGUCAUGGUUACCCUUACCAACUGGUUCAGCUAUGAGGGAGCAGAACUGGAAAAGACCUUCACCAAGGGUAGCUGGGCUACCUUCUGGGUCAAGGUUGCCUCAUGCUGGGCUUGUGUACUCCUCUAUCUGUGGCUGCUACUGGCACCACUCUGUUGGUCCCCCACCCAGAACCCCAAGCCUCCUCCUAUCUUCAGGCAACAAUGUCAUCGUAUUGUAUCGCCAGAUAACAAACAUCCAUUCUAGGUAUUUUUAACACACUGAGGUUUCCUUGAGGUUGGGCCCCUAGUCUUGAUUCAGAAGAGCUGUAUAGCCAAGCAAACACCUCAAGGACACAAUGGGCAGUUAGUUACCUCAUUUAGGCUGAAGGCAAUACUGUGUCUGAAUUGGAAAAAGUGCCUAAAUAUACCCUUAAUGCCCUAGUCAGUUACCUGACUCA